AUGCUCCCGCGGGCUGGCCGGUUGACCGGCAUGUGGCUACGGCCACGGCCGACCCUUCGUCUCGGGCGAAAUGCAUGCCAUCUGCCGCCUGCUGUGCUGCGACCAGUUGAAUCGGCUCAGUCCACCGUCCCCCUGGCUCUGUGCCAGACGCAGUUGAGCUCCCGAUAUGGCUCUUCCAAAGCUGAGGACCACACUGCCAGUCGCAACGGGCGCGGCGAGCCUCGUGGUGGCGACGAGGCCCGCGGGAGCACCAUCAGUGCCCCGAAGAAGCCGUCCCAUCCCGAUGGAAUUGGAAGGCUCGCGAGAGCGUUCGUGGCGCAUGAUCCAAGGGACAUCACUGUCGAGUUCGAAAAGCUCGGUGCGCCGGUCACCAUAUCACAGCUAUGGUUGAGGGAUGCGUGCCAAUGCCCCUCGUGCGUGAGCGAGUCAUCGGGACAGAAGCGCUUCGCCACUUGUGACAUACCGUCCAACCUCAGGGUGGACGGCCUGAAGGUCCUGGAGGAUGGGGGUCUCGAGGUGUCCUGGGCCAACGAUAUCGCCCCUGGCGGCGCCGAGCACGUCUCGACAUACCCACCCGCGGUGCUAGACGAGGUCAUGGCUGCUCGGAACCCGUAUCGGCGAUCCAUUCCAGCCCGCGAGAUCUGGGACUCUGGCCAUUUUGCAAAGGACAGCAGGUCGAGGGAGAUCAGCUAUGCGCAGUGGAUGGAGGACAGCCCGCGCUUUGCUGAGGCCUUCCGAAACCUGCACCUUUGGGGCCUUGUCGUCAUAAAGGGUGUGCCUCAGACAGAAGAGGCCGUCGCGCAGGUAGCCUCGAGACUCGGUCACCUGCAGUCUACCUUCUACGGGCCAACGUGGGACGUCAUUUCAAAACCACAGGCCGAGAAUGUUGCCUAUACCAACGAGUUCCUCUGCCUUCACCAAGACCUGAUGUACUUGAAGGAGCCUCCGAGGAUACAGGUGCUUCACUGCCUCGAAAAUAGCUGCGAAGGAGGCGACUCACUCUUCUCUGAUGGUGUCCGAGCCGCCCACGACCUGCGAAUCAACAACAGUAGCGCCUAUCAUUCGCUGACAAGCAUACCAGUUGACUACCACUAUGCCAAGGGCGGCAAUUACUGGCAUAACUCACAUGCCACCAUCGUCGAGACCAGGAACGCGACUGAGGUGGAGGCAGAUCCGUUGAGCGUGCGCUGGUCGCCUCCUUUCCAGGCACCGUUCUGGUCGGCCAUUGCCGCUGGCAACAGCCAUUCUUCUUGUGGUAAACGAGCCGGUUACCUGGCAGAAGUGUGGCAGAAGGCAGCCAGACUGUUCAAGGACACUCUGGAAGACCCCACCAACAUGGUUCAGUUCAGGGUGCAGCCGGGGGACUGUGUCGUCUUCGACAACUGGCGGGUCUUGCACGGGCGGCGCGCGUUCGACACAGCAUCCGGCAGUCGCCAUUUAAGGGGCACCUACGUUGAAGACCAGGCCCUCACGAGCACAUGGCUGCGGCUGCAACGUGAGGGUCUCAUGUUCACAAACACAAACGGAGAUGGAAAACUGGCCGCUUCACAAAUUAUAGAAGCGCAAAAGGCCGAGCGCAUUCUAGGUGCACAGCAUGAUCCUGUUGUCCUGACUGGUCGAGAAGCACAAGCUUGA